AUGAGCCCGCCGCGCCGCGGCCGCCGUCCCGAGCCGCGCGGGCCCCGAGCCGCUGUCGCCGCCGCCGCCACCACCGCCGCCGCCAUGGCCACGCCGCUGCCCAGCCGCGCAGGCGGGCCCGCCACGCCGCUGUCGCCCACGCGCCUGUCGCGGCUGCAGGAGAAGGAGGAGCUGCGCGAGCUCAAUGACCGCCUGGCGCACUACAUCGACCGUGUCCGCGCGCUCGAGCUCGAGAACGACCGGCUCCUGCUCAAGAUCUCCGAGAGGGAGGAGGUGACCACGCGCGAGGUGAGCGGCAUCAAGACGCUGUAUGAGUCGGAGCUGGCCGACGCCCGCAGGGUGCUGGACGAGACUGCGCGGGAGCGGGCGCGGCUGCAGAUCGAGCUGGGGAAACUGAAGGCUGAGCUGGAGGAGGCGAACAAGAGCUCCAAGAAGAGGGAGGGUGAGCUCACGGUGGCCCAGGGCCGCGUGAAGGAUCUGGAGUCGCUGUUCCACCGGAGCGAGGCAGAGCUGGCCGCCGCCCUCAGCGACAAGCGCGGCCUGGAGAGCGACGUGGCCGAGCUGCGGGCCCAGCUGGCUAAGGCAGAGGACGGUCACGCGGUGGCCAAAAAGCAGCUGGAGAAGGAGACGCUGAUGCGCGUAGAUCUGGAGAACCGCUGCCAGAGCCUGCAGGAGGAGCUCGACUUCCGGAAGAACGUCUUUGAGGAGGAGGUGCGGGAGACGCGGCGGCGGCACGAGCGCCGCCUGGUGGAGGUGGACAGCAGCCGGCAGCAGGAGUACGACUUCAGGAUGGCGCAGGCGCUGGAGGAGCUGCGCGGCCAGCACGACGAGCAAGUGCGGCUGUACAAACUGGAGCUGGAGCAGACCUACCAGGCCAAGCUGGACAGCGCCAAGCUGAGCUCUGACCAGAACGAUAAGGCCGCCAGUGCCGCCCGGGAGGAGCUGAAGGAAGCCCGCAUGCGGGUCGAGUCCCUCAGCUACCAGCUCUCCGGCCUCCAGAAGCAGGCCAGUGCCGCAGAGGACCGGAUUCGCGAGCUGGAGGAGACCAUGGCUGGGGAGCGGGACAAGUUCCGCAAGAUGCUGGACGCCAAGGAGCAGGAGAUGACCGAGAUGCGGGACGUGAUGCAGCAGCAGCUGGCCGAGUACCAGGAGCUGCUCGAUGUCAAGCUGGCCCUGGACAUGGAGAUCAGCGCCUACCGCAAGCUCCUGGAGGGCGAGGAGGAGAGGCUGAAGCUGACCCCCAGUCCGGCGUCGCGCGUCACCGUCUCGCGGGCCACGUCGAGCAGCAGCAGUGGCGGCGUGUCCACGGCCGGGCGCCCGGGCCGCAGCAAGCGCAAGCGGCCGGAGGCGGAGGAGUCGCCGGGCCCGGGCUCGAGCGGCAUUGGCUCCGGCAGCAGCAGCAGCGGCAGCACCAGCUUCCAUCUGAUGCAGCGGGCCUCGGCCUCGGGCGGCAUCGGCAUCGAGGACAUCGACCUGGAGGGCAGGUUUGUGCAGCUGAAGAACAGCUCGGACAAGGACCAGUCCUUGGGGAACUGGCGAAUCAAGAGGCAGGUCAUGGAAGGGGAGGAGAUUGCCUACAAGUUCACGCCCAAGUACGUGCUGCGCGCCGGCCAGACUGUCACGGUGUGGGCUGCUGGUGCGGGAGUGGCCCACAGCCCCCCCUCGACACUCGUGUGGAAGAACCAGAACAGCUGGGGCGUGGGCGAGAGCUUCCGGACCGUCUUGGUCAACGCCGACGGGGAGGAAGUGGCCAUGAGAACCGUGAAGCAGUCCUCGGUGGUGCGGGAGACGGAGAACGGGGAGGAGGGAGAGGAGGAGGCAGCAGAGUUUGGCGAGGAGGAUCUUUUCCAUCAACAGGGGGACCCAAGGACCACCUCGAGAGGCUGCCGCGUGAUGUGAACGGAACACGCCUCAUCAACUGUCUUUACCCAGAGCCACCGAAAACUAUUUUUAUAUCAUUGGCUGUCUUUAGUCCUUGAUACAUUUCUAGAGAAUUUUUAAGC